AUGAUUGAUAUUUCUUAUGUUUCUCAGAAAAGNAUGCAAUCAUAAAAGGAAGAACUAUAGAAUUAGAUUAACUAAUUAGUGUAAAUGAAAAAAUAAAUAUAAGUAUAAGAAGAGAAAAAGAAAAAACAAUUUAUUACUUAAGACACUUCUCUUUUACCACAAAUGCUUAAAUUGCAAUAAGAAAAGUUGUCUAUUGAAAACGAAAUCACUUAAAUUGAUUCUAAAAUUGAAAAUGUCAGAUAUAGUAACAUAAAUAAAUAAUAACUUCUUCAAAAAAGAAAUUGGAAAGAAGAAAAAAAGGUAUUCCCCAAUAAUAUUCUUAUUUAUAGUCAUUCGAAUAGAAAUGGUUGGAUCUAGAACAAAAUGAAAAUAAAGUUUAAAUUGAUGACAAGUUGUACAAUCUUUUAAUACAAGAUACUCCACCAUAAGAAGAACAAGUUGAUUAAAAGACUAUAGAUAUCUUAACUAAAGAAGUUGAAGAUCUACUAUGUCUCAAAUUACCAGAUGAAUAAGACGAUUAAUAAUUAUAAUAGAGUCAAAGAAACAAAUUAAAUUAACAAUAUUAAUCUCCAUUAUAAAUUAUUGAAGAAGAACAAUCCAUCGAAUUGUCAUUUUAAAAAUUAUGA